GGCUGCCUCAGAGUGUGGAGAUCCCAGCGCCGGGCCCGGGUGUGCGGGAUAAUCGUGCCUGGGCUGCGGGGUCCGGCUCCCGGCCUUACAGCGCACCGGCUGUGGAAAAUAGAGCUGACUAGGGAGUUAGCAGGUGACAGAUCAGAUGCAAACAGAAUCUUUACCUCCGUGUCCCAGCACGGUGUCACCGGUACGAUUAAAUAAUCUGAUCAGUUCUCCAAGGUUCGGAACAGUUACUCCAAAUCGUGUCUUUGUGGGAGGAAUUGAUUUUAAGACUAAUGAAAAUGACCUGAAGACAUUUUUUGCUCAGUAUGGCAGUGUGAGAGAAGUGAAGAUAAUAAAUGACAGAGCUGGAGUAUCAAAGGGGUAUGGCUUCGUCACUUUUGAAACCCAGGAAGAGGCACAGAAGAUUUUACAAGAUGCUAAAAAACUCAAUUAUAAGGAUAAGAAAUUGAAUAUUGGUCCAGCAAUACGAAAACAACAACUACGAAGUCCUAAUACUCGUUCUGCUGUAACACCACAGGCUGGUACAAUGUACACAACUACUGCUGUAUCCCCAGAAGCUGGUACAAUGUACUUAACUACUUCCAGUGGAUAUCCAUAUGUUUACCAUAAUGGAGUGGCUUAUUUUCAUACAUCUGAAGUUUCUCCUGUUCAGCAACCAUGGCCAUCCCGCUCGGUUUCCAGUUCCCCUGUGAUGGUGGCACCUCCAGUUUAUCAGUCUCCUACGUAUCAUUAUCAGGCACCAACACAAUGUUUUUCAAGUCAGUGGCAAUGGUCUGUUCUACAGUCUCCUACCUCUUCACCUCCACUCUUAUAUCUGCAACCAUCUGAAGUCUUUUAUCAACCAAUAGGAAUUACCCAGGAAGGUGGAUGUAUAUCUCCACCUCUGCUAAUGGAAGCUGCAGUUCCUGAGCAGCUGUAUUCCGAUCAUGGAGUUCAAACACUACAUCACCAGCCCUAUGCCCAGAGUCACAUAGCCAUGCCUGCAGCUUCCUUCCUGUGUGGCUGAGAUCCAUCAUCAACAUACCAGCUAGCAACUGCGAGUUGUGGAAAACUUGGGGAAUUGAAGUCACGUUCUGUGAGAAGAAACUUUUCACAUCCUUCGUCUGUGAGUCUGAAACCUCAGUAUGCAUGAAGUCAUCAUUUUCAUCCUAGCAAAGAUCACAGAAUGGAAGAGUGCAUUCUUACACUGUUUUCUGCAGAUGCUGUAAAACACUUUUUUUAGCCAUGUACUUUGCUAACAUACCUGUCACAUGGAGGGAAUGUUCUUCCUGACUGGUUACAUUUGCCUGCAAGUGCCUCAGUUAAUAUACUACUCUUUUUUUGUCAAGUCACAGAAUGAAAUUUUGUGGUUUGGUCAGGUAAAAACACAUGAAAUAACAACUUUACUCUGCACUUCCAUUCUUAAUAUAAAUCCUGUUGCAGGACAAAGUGGUGAUUUCUGAUACACAGCCUACUGUAUAAACUCCAGUUACUGACAUAGAUGGAAAGCCAGCGUACUGCUACUAAAGGGAAAAUUUCACCUUUAAUUUAUGGGUUACAUAAACUUGAAAGAUACACUAGUUACAAAGUAAAAGCCAUUUUGCCACAUCCUGACAGCAUUUUUGCUCUGUGGAUUCAAAUCUGUUUAUUUAAAUCUAUGUGUAUUUUAUUUCAAUUCCAAGGCAGUUGGUCUAGCUUAAAGUUUUUUGCAAUCAGUAUUUUCUACUUUUAUAAGGUAUUUUACUUAUGUGUCAUUUUAGUGCUUGGGUAUAACUUUUUAAAAUAAAAUUUGGACUAUUCACUUAAUAACUAUUUGUUCUCAUCCUAACAUUUUUCUUAAACAUAGUAAGCAAUAUACUUGGGUUUAUGGUAUGUUUUUGACUGUAGAAAAAGGCAGUGCUGCUUGACUACUUGCAUUACAAGACCAUUGAAAACUUCCCUCUUGCUUCUUUGACCUUUUCUCUAUUGUCUGUGUGAAAAUUAGGAACUCCCUGGCAAUAUCACAAGUUGAGAUGAAAUACUGUUUUCUCCUCAACUUCAGGGAGAUAAUUUUUUUGUUUCUCACCUUUGUAGGAUUCCUUCUAUGUAUUAUAAAAACCAAAUUCCUCAAAGGUUGAAAAUACAGCUGCUGUAGUUAAUAAGAGUGCAAGCUAUGGCUUUUUGCUUCAGUAGGACUGAGGUCUUUAUGUAUGUAAAAUAUCCUUGAGCUGUUUGGGUUUUUUAUCUGAUUUGUAGUAAUUUGGGGGUUUUCUUUUCAGGUAACUUUGUAUUGUUGGUAUUUUUUUCCCUUUCAUCAUUCAGGGAUAUUACCAAGUGAGCAAAGUAGUCAGUAAAUAAUCCAUGUGUAAUAUGUAAAUCUGUUUAAAGGUGGUUCUAGUGAUCAGUUGGAGUCUGUUCUGGUUUUAAACUGCUUUGAAAUUGUUGUAAAAGGAGAGUCCAUGUACUGUGUCUUGGUUGCGAGUUUCCUCAAGUGACCUUCCACUUUCUGCUAGGUAGAAAAAUAUACACAAAUAUCAUUUUAGGAGUUUCUGUUUUAAAAAACUCGUUACCAUAGCAGCAGUGGGGGAUUGUUUUACCAGUAAGUAUCAAAAAAGGUGAACAACUUGUUGGAUACAUGAAGAGCUCAGUCUAUUUUUGAAGGGCAUCAUCUGCUGUAGAUUGUCACACUUCUGCUCCAGUCUGUACCACUAAACACAUCUGUCCAGUUCUGUUUAAUUUUCAGAUUUUAGAACUCAUUUGUACAAACAUGUCACAAAAAUCUUGGCUCGUUAAAACAGUAAUUCAUUUCCAUGGAAGAAUUUUUACAUAGUAUUUUUUUUAAUGAUGCUCUCUAAAGGUGCCAAAGAAAGGUUAUAUCUUCUGUUGGAGCCUUAUUUCUUGUCAUGAAACACACAUUUGAUCCAGGAUUCAGAAGAUUUAGUCCUUGUUUUUGGAAUCCACAGUUUGUUUACCAAACAAGACUUCCUUGUUUUUAACAAUGCUUUAGAGAUCCAAGCAGUAAAUUUUACAGUGACUAGUAACUUAAAAAAAUAAGUGCCUAGAGGGAAGUCUCUUGAACUAAUUGCUUGGAAGUGUACAAAUACUGUGCAGUCACUUAAAAGUCAUCAGAUUGUGACUCUAUUCUAGAUACUCACAAAAUGUAGUUUAUUUUCCCUUAAUUGGUACAGAUGUUAGUGUGUUGAUAAUGAGUUGAUCCCAUGGCCUUUGCUUCAAAGAUCACUUAAGAGUUUUUUUUAUUUGCAUGUGAACUUGAUUGUUUGUAAGGAUGUUCAGUGUCAGGCACUUAACUGUUCCCUGCAGUGCUCUGCUGUGGGGUCUGUAACAUCAGUCUGGAGGUGCCUUUGGUUAGGACUGUACCUCCAGCUCUUAACAAUGCUUCAUUUUGACUUAAGACACCUAGAGGAUACCAAGAUGAAGCUCAGUGUUGGCUUUUCUGUAGGAACUGGAGGUCACUGUUGAAAUACUGAGGGUUCUUCACUGAUUUUGUAGCUUAUCUUUCCUCUAAGUGCUUGCCAGAAGUGAUGACCUGACAUCAGUCAGCAGUGACUGAACCUUUCAGGAGUUGAAUCCUUCUGUAGACACAACUGAGAUAUAACUGCCUUACCACUUGUGAAUCCCUGUAAUGAAAUAUAGAUGCAUUGAGAAAGAACUACAUUUCCUCAGGUUGUUGUUACCUUGAUGUUCUAGCAUUCGUGAUUUUUCUUUUGUUGUUUUACACUAUACAGUAUUGUCCUGCCAGUUCAGUUCUC